GCCGUGUGAGUCAGUGCUGUUUAGAGCAGAGCGGCAACAGAAGCAGCUGCAGCAGUGUGAGGCACGUUUCUCUCUCACGAACGUCAACAAAGCAGAAGAGCAGGAUGGGAAAUCUAAGCGGCUAAGCAAGAGGAGGAAGUGAGACAGCAAACAGACAAGGCAAAAGAAGAGGAAGAGAAUCAAAAACACAGAUCGUGCACUCGUGUUUGCCUUUCUUUUCUUUUCUUUUCUUGCGGCACUCCAAGAUAAACUGCCAGUUUCGUUGACAGCAGUAGUAAUCGAAACAGAGGAAGAGGAAGGUCACUAUUAAUUCUUAGAAGUGUCGUCACGCUCGGGACUGAACGUGUCGCAAGGAUGUCCUGGUUGUCGCCGGUCCAGUGGGCGAAAUGGACGUGGUCAGCAGUGACUGGAGGUUCAGCUGAUGAUGGGCAGCCCGCAGCGAAGAAUAACAGAGAAGACAUUUCGGACUCCGAGGGGACCUUCGAGACUCCAGAGGCCGAGUCUCCGAGUGUUGUGAAGCUGCUGGGCCAACUGGACAACUCCAACCACUCAGUUUUUUCUGAUGUUACAAACCACAUUCUGAAUACAGUCUCCAGCCAGGAUCUUGGUACCGCUCCCUCCCAAGAGGUCGAUUCUCUUAACAACCUUACCAGCUCCUCGCCUGACAACAGCGGCUUCAGUUUGGAUCAGAACCUUAAUUUGACCCUCAGUAACAAACCGGGUCCCGAAGUGGUCAUUUCCCCAUCAAAGACUCUUCCACAGGCUGCCCGGCCUCCGACGCUGUCUGUCGUCUCUCCGCUGAACAAACCCGAUCCAUCCGAGGUGGAUGACGAGGCUCCGGUGACGUCCGACUCAAGCCCGGAUUCAAACUUGACUCUCAGUCAUGACAUUAGUGUGGAUUCGGAUUUGCUCAAUGGCAACAUGGACUCUGACAUUUCGCUGUCAAGCACAAAACUGACCUGCGAGCCCAAAGGGUCAAUUAUCACGAACUCCUGCAAAGUAAAGCAGAACCAGCCGAUCCAGAACGACUUUAACGGACAGGAUGACCAUCAUGGAGACCACGCCACAGAUGAGGAGAAACUGGCGAGCAGCGUCGGGGUCAAACCAGAAAAGGACCAGAACAUCCAAGAUUGCCAGUUGACAUCCAAACCUGAGGCAUCAGACUGCUGCUCUGUGCAGUAUGAAGACACGUGCAAAUUGAAGAACAAGUUGGGGGGAAGUGAGAUGCAGAAAACGGGAAGUCAGGUCCUGGAUUCCAUCUGCAUCAGUGAGGCAGAAAAACAGGCUGUUCUCACCCUUAUCAGAGAGGAGAUCAUCACUAAGGAGGCUGAAGUCAGUGACUGGAAGAAAAAGUAUGAAGACUGCAGGAAAGAAGUGGAUGAGAUGAGAAAGAUUGUUGCGGAAUAUGAGAAGACAAUCGCUCAGAUGAUUGAGGACGAGCAGCGCAACACUGUGAGUGCCCAGAAGGCUUUGCACACAGUGACAAUGGAGAAAGAUGCUGCUCUGGCAGACCUGAACUCAGUGGAGCGCUCGCUUUCUGACGUCUUUCGCCGUUACGAAAAUAUGAAGAGCACCCUGGAGGGCUUUAAGAAAAAUGAAGAGGUGUUGAAGAAGUGUGCACAAGAGUAUCUGGCCAGAGUCAAGCAGGAGGAGCAGAGAUACCAAACACUAAAGCUGCAUGCAGAGGAGAAACUGGACAAAGCUAAUGAGGAGAUCGCUCAGGUGCGUGCAAAGGCGAGCGCAGAAAACAUGGCGAUGACCGCCAGCCUGAGGAAGGAACAGAUGAAGAAUGAGUCUCUGGAACAAGCCUUGCAGCAGAAGAAUCAAGAGAUCGAAGAACUGACAAAAAUCUGUGACGAGCUGAUUGCCAAAAUGGGAAAAACAGACUGAGGAUUUCUUUAUGGGAAUCAACCAUGAUUGUCCGUUCCUCUGGCCCCAUGCAUGCAUUCAGCCCUGAAGCAGUUCUUAUACCCUGUGCCUGCCCUGCAUCUCAGAGCCUGCUUAUGUACAGACGUCUAAAGUAACUUCUUGUAUACUACGAUUGCACUACAUGUGACAGGAACCGAGAACGCUCUAUACAUGUUAAUUACGUGUGAUUAUCUUAGUUUGUUUUGACUUCGUGCCCAUUUUGAGGCCAUCUGGGGCCCUUGUGCUUUUGUCAAUCAUUCCAGCAAACAACAGCUCACUUGUGACUCAACUUAAUUUUCCCAGCAGCUUAACCGCUAAAUUCCCAGCAACUCCUCAUGCAGGGUGACAUCAGAUUUAAUCUAGGUCGAGAUUUAUUUUAAAGUUACAUUUCAGCUCGGUUUUGUAGAAGGAAUAUUUUCUAUAAAAGAAGCAGUCUAUAAAAUGUAUUUUUCUACGACGCAAACGUGAGUUUUAUGCUCACCGAGGAAGGCUCAGGGGUAUUUCGUCAGGGUUGAAUGAGGUCAAGGUUAAAGUCAAGCUGCACAAAACGGGAAGAAAGGGGUUUAGGAUCAUUUGAGGAAGUACAGCAGCCCACAGAGGCUUUUGUUUGUUUGUUCAGUUAUGAUAUUGAAAGCAAGCUGCACAUAAUUAAUAUCAUUUGUUUAAACUGGUUCAGACGGCGGCACAUUUGGGAUGCUCGACAAUUCAAAAAGCCACAGAAUAUUAAUCAGUCACUUUAUAUGUAAAAAAAAAAAAUUAACCUGACAAUCACAUAAACAUUCACGGCUUCAUCCUAUGUGCAUAAACACAAAUUUGACUAACUAACUGGUGUUAAUGAUCGCAAACAGCUGGAAAAGAGAAAAACAGUCACUCUGUAUGUCAGCUGAAGGCUAAAGGCUAUUAUAUUAUUUUAAGUGCUGCUGUACUGUGUGUCAACAGUUUUUGUUUAACUGUCAGUAUGUCACAGAUUGCUCACUAAAUCACAUUUAUCUCUCAGACUUUGACACCUUUGUAUUUUUUUCCAUUGCUUAUGUGCGAUGAUGAACAUGUGAGCCUUAUUGCUUGUGUUUACAGCAGUACACUAGUAAUGCAACAGAAAAAUAUCAAUUUAUUGCAUGUUUACUUUCACAUCUUUGCAUUUUUCAGAAUGCACAGUUUUUUCUUAGCGCGCCAAUAAAAACUAGAUCGGCACAGUGCCGCAACAACAGUAAAAUUAGAGCUGGUUCCCAUAUUAUACAGGAAAAAAAGUUUUCUCUUUUAGAAAAACAAAAGAAAUGUGUGAAAAGAUCAAAGCUCAUUCAGGUUUUAUCAUAAACUAAAAAUAUAAGCCUUUCAUUUUAGUGUUGGUACUUUUUGGUCAGUCACUACUGUAACUUUCUUAAUGUCGGAUAACUUAAUUGGCUUUGUAACUUCAGCCCCUGUAAUUAUUUAAAUAUAUAUUUGUGAAUUAGAAAUGACGAUCUCACUCCUGUGUGGAAGCGACUUGAGCGUUUGUACAUCCUUCCUGAAUAAACCUAAAUAUAAUUUGUUCUGCUAUGUUUGAUUUUUGUUUUCCUGUCUGAGUUCUCUGUUUGUGUCAGUGUGCACGUGAUGGCCACAUCUUUGGACUCGCUGCUGAUUACGAUCCAUAGCGCUUACAUUUUGCACAUACAUUACAUUUUAUAUGCACACUGUAAAAAGCUUUAGUAGUUAGAAAAACAAACAAAUUACCUCAUAAUUCUGUUAAUAACACCAAACUCUAACCGUGUGUCUCUCCCUGGUAAAGCUUGCUUUAAGUCAAUUACAGCAGUGUGCUGGCUGUGCAUCAUAGAUGGAGAUUACAACGAUAAGACUUUAAUGCCCUCAGACACCUUCCCCUCCAGCUCCACCUCAACCUACGGUGUCUCCUCCAUCAGACGCUCAUCUCGGCUCAUCCACUCUUUCUCUGGACUCUUGAAAAGACACAGUGACCCAUCGCCCUGCUGCCAUGAAGACUGCUCUGGCUGUGCUGCUGCUCAUCUCUCUGGCCUGCCACAGCACUCUCUCCUGUUCUGUCUGUGAAGGCCAUGCUCUCAAAUGUCACACAUGCGUGGCGUCCAAUGAGGAAGACUGCAACCGUCAGGGCUCCACCCCCUGUCCUCAGUACGCUGAUGCCUGCUCCACCAUCACAGGGCCCAACACAGUUAUGAAGUCGUGCACAUACAAGGCCUUCUGUGAGAAGGCUAACAGCGGCACUUCCGGAGCCAAGAUGCAUUGCUGCUUUGGCGAUGACUGUAACGGGCCCCACAAGAGUCACAGCCACGGUGGUCAUCACAACAGCACAGGGGCAAUUUCUUCCAGCCCAGUCCUGCUGAUCACAGCCCUGCUUCUGCGUAUGGCCUUGAGUCAGCUGUAAAUUCCUCCACCCCCUCCUCCCUUUUUUUGUUUUGUUUUCCUUCCAGUGAUUCAUCACCUCCUCUUUAUCUGUUUUAUUUUUAAGUUCAAAAAAGGGAUUUGAGUUGCAGAGAGUUUCAUGUGGUUUGAGACAAAUAUCGUGUUUCAACGAGGGUUUUUGACGGCUGUGGUGGAAGGGAGUGUGGUCUGUUCUGCAGGUACAAGCUGCUUUAAAGCAGCUUCCUUUGUCUAAGUUAUCAUCCUCUCAAACAGUAACCUUGUUCUCUGUAGCAGCUUGUUGAAUUUAAGAGGAUUUGAACCUGGGGAGUGUUUGUGGUGAAUAAAUGUGUACAAAGUUAAGAACAGCUCACAGCUCUGAUGCACCCAGGGGGGGACUCGGGUGUGGUUUUGGUAACUAAGUGCUGGGGUGCCUCACUAGUUUAGUGCACAGCUAGCUUGCUUCACACCAUAGAACCACAAAACGAAUCUCUUCCGCACGGUAAUCUGAAACUGAUUUAAAAGGUUUAAAAUUGUCUGUGAUGAUGCUUUGUUAUUUUAUCUGUAUGCAAGCUUGUCUGAAUAAAGACCUAAUCACACCCUC